AAAAUUACUGUCAAGACACUUCAACAAAAGCAAUUUAAACUCGAAGUAGAUAGCACUGACUCUAUCCUCUCCGUCAAGGAAAAGAUUGAACAAUCUCAAGGACAUCCUGUUGCUCAACAAAAACUUAUCUUUUCUGGUAAAAUUCUUUCCGAUGAUAAAACGGUCGAAGAAUACAACAUUACAGAAAAGGACUUCUUGGUUGUAAUGGUCUCAAAGCCAAAAGCAACACCAGCUUCCAGUAGUUCUGCCGCUAAAAAAGAAUCAACACCUGCAGCAACAACACCAUCAAAGCCAGCUGAACCUGUCAAGUCUGAAUCUCCUGCCGCAGCACCUGCCAGUAGCAACAGCCCAGCACCUGUUUCUGACACUCCCAAAGAGGCAGAAAAGGUUACUACGGACAUCACUGGCUCUCAAUUGGAAAGUGUACUUGAGAAUAUGAUGGCCAUGGGUUUUGAACGUGCUCAAUGUGAACGUGCGCUUCGUGCCAGUUUUAACAAUCCUGACAGAGCUGUGGAAUAUCUGUUCAAUGGUAUUCCUGAAAAUAUAUUGAAUGAAAUGAAUGCUGCACAACAACCACAGUCAGAUGAGCAACAACAAGAUACCAACACACCUAUAUCUCCUGGCACAACCACAGCUCCUACUAAUGAUGCUAAUGCACCAUUGAAUCUUUUUGCUGCUGCUCAACAACACGCUCAGCAACAACAGCAACAACAACAACAACAGCAACCAUUAGGUGCAGAUCUUGCCAGCUUUAGAAACACACCUCACUUCCAUCAAAUUCGUCAAUUAGUUCAAACAAAUCCUGGCUUGCUUCAACCUUUGCUUCAAUCAAUAGGUCAAUCCAAUCCAGAAUUGAUUCGAGCUAUUAAUGCUGAUCCUAAUGGAUUCCUGCAAGCAUUCUUGGAAGGAGCUGAAGGAGAAGAAGGUGGACCAGAAACGGCAACAAUCCAAGUGACUGCUGAAGAAAGAGAAGCAAUUGAAAGACUGGAAGCAUUGGGUUUCCCAAGACAAGUUGUCAUAGAAGCUUAUUUCGCAUGCGAUAAGAAUGAAGAAUUGGCUGCAAAUUAUCUCUUUGAUCAUGGAAAUGAUGAUUUUGAAUAA